ACUAAACCUGAUCCAUAUAGAAGCCCAAAACAUUCAAAUAUUCAUCACUUCAGAUUUUUCUUGUCAAUAUCCCUUUUGGUUACUUGCAUUAAUUCUCGAAGAUGGGAAUUCAAUUGAUUGGACUAUCUAACGCCAAGCAAAAGCUUCAAAGAAGCUUAUCAACAAAAAUCGCAAGCUUUUUGGCCAUGUCAGGUACUAAUAAUGUCCCAAAGGGUCAUGUGGCCGUCUACGUGGGUGAGACUUAUCAAAGAAAAACGAGAUUUGUGAUACCUAUAUCGUAUUUAAACCAUCCAUUGUUCCAAGAUUUGUUGAAUCUUGCGGAAGAAGAGUUUGGGUUCGAUCAUCCCAUGGGAUGUCUAACCAUCCCUUGUACUGAAGACUACUUCACUGCUCUAGCUUCUAUUCUAAAUGGUUCGUGAUAAGAGGGAUCAUUGGUCACCAUAAUAUUCAUUAAGUUCCUCUUUACGUAUAUUUGUGUAUUUUCUUUAAAUGUAUUUAAGGAAGUGGAAAGAAAAUAACUCGAGAUUGCGAUACUUAUUGUGAGUCUGUUUCAAUUUUGGAUCUAAAAAGAUCUUGUGAGUUCUUCUAAGUUCUAACUAUUUUUUUUUUUUGUCAUCAACAACACAGACUCAUAUAGACUCUGCACACUCUAAGUUCUAACU